GAAGCUGGGAGCGCGGAGGAUGGGAGGAAGAGUGGAGUGAGUGAGAGAGAGAGAGAGCGAGAGAGAGAGGCUACCGAGGACUGCGUGUGCAUGCCUGGAAGCGCGAAGGCGGCCGGGAGUUUCGGAGGGACUUCGUGGCUCGGACCGAGACAAAGACGCGUUUUAACCGUCGCCGUAACGGACACGCUCAACUUCUACCCGCCGCAGCUCGGGCUCGCCGCGCCGGGUCCCGGCUUUGUUUGACGAGAGGGGAGUCGCGCCGAUACAUGCGGGAAUACAAAUAACACCCCCCCCUCCCCUCCUCCAUAUUCACAUUUUCUUCACGCAAGAGGGGGAAUCCCUUGGUCUUGUGUUUGUUGAAGGGACCGGGAGAAUGGCGGCCAACAUGUACCGAGUAGGAGAUUAUGUAUACUUUGAGAACUCAUCCAGCAACCCCUACUUGAUCCGCCGAAUAGAAGAACUCAAUAAGACGGCCAAUGGUAACGUAGAAGCCAAGGUGGUGUGCCUCUUCAGGAGGAGGGAUAUCUCUGGGAAUCUGAACACACUGGCUGACAGCAAUGCUAGAGAUUUUGAGGAGGAGUCCAAGCAACCGCCAAUCAGCGAGCAACAAAAACACCAGCUUAAACACCGAGAACUGUUCCUGUCCCGACAGUUUGAGUCUCUUCCUGCCACACACAUACGGGGGAAAUGUAAUGUCACACUUCUGAAUGAGACUGACGUUUUAACAAGCUACCUAGAGAGAGAGGACUGCUUCUUUUACUCCUUGGUGUUCGACCCGGUCCAGAAAACCCUGCUGGCUGACCAGGGCGAGAUCCGGGUGGGAUCUAAAUACCAGGCGGAGAUCCCCGACAAACUGGCCGAAGGGGAAUCGGACAAUCGGCUGCAAGAGAAACUGGAGACGAAGGCGUGGGACCCAGAUAACCAGCUGAAAGACUCCCAAAUCGAUCAGUUCCUUGUGGUGGCACGGGCUGUGGGGACAUUCGCUCGUGCGUUAGACUGCAGCAGCUCCAUCCGCCAACCGAGCCUGCACAUGAGCGCAGCAGCUGCUUCCAGAGACAUUACACUGUUCCACGCCAUGGACACACUGCAGAAGAACGGCUAUGACCUGGCCAGGGCCAUGUCCACGCUGGUGCCUCAAGGCGGACCAGUGCUCUGCCGUGACGAGAUGGAGGAGUGGAGUGCCUCAGAGGCCAUGCUGUUCGAGGAGGCACUGGAGAAGUACGGCAAGGACUUCAACGACAUCCGCCAGGACUUUUUGCCCUGGAAGUCGUUAGCGAGUGUGGUUCAGUUCUACUACAUGUGGAAGACCACGGACCGUUACAUCCAGCAGAAAAGACUGAAGGCUGCAGAAGCAGACAGUAAACUAAAGCAGGUUUACAUCCCCACCUACACCAAACCCAACCCUAACCAGAUCAUGGUUCCUGGCAACAAGCCUGGCAUGAAUGGAGCUGCGGGCUUCCAGAAAGGCCUGUGCUGUGAGAGCUGCCACACUGCACAGUCGCCUCAGUGGUACGCGUGGGGGCCUCCUAACAUGCAGUGCCGGCUCUGCGCCUCCUGCUGGAUCUACUGGAAGAAAUACGGCGGCUUGAAGACCCCCACACAGCUAGAGGGCGCUACAAGAGCUGGCUCGGAUGCUGCCCCUCGUAGUCACAUGACUCGUCAGGAGGUGCAGGGCAUGUCCCCAUUCACCAGCAACGCCGGCAGAGCCAAGCUGCUGGCGAAGAACCGCCAGACAUUCAUCCUGCAGACCACCAAGCUGACACGCAUCGCCCGCCGAGUGUGCCAGGACAUCCUACAGUCUCGCCGUGCAGCCCGCCGCCCCUACGCACCCAUCAACGCAAAUGCCGUCAAAGCAGAGUGUAUGAUAAGACUCCCUAAAGCAUCAAAGAGUGCUAUGAAGAACCGCCCUGUUCCACGACCGUCUCUUGUUAACAUAGUGAAAGAACUUGCCGUCCAGGCUCCUCUCAAACACAAAGCACCCCGCAGUGCUCCCACCCCUAUCAACCGUAACCAGGCCAACCAGCCACGCAGUGUUAGUGCGUCCCUGCUUGGCAAGAGGCCCUUUGAUAGUGUGACGGGGCACCCUUUCUCCACCAAUGGGAGGCCCUUCAUGUCCGGCAUGAGAACAUCCACCCAGUCAGUCAUAAAGCGUCAGAGAGUCAGUCAAGGAGAUGCCCCCAACCCUGUAGUGUUUGUGGCUACUAAAGAUACCAGAGCCCUACGGAAACACCUCUCCCAGGCAGAGAUGAGGCGGGCAGCUAGGAAACCGAACAUCCCUGUAAGGGUGAAAUUUCCUCCGCUACCACGGCCACUUCCUGUACCCAUCCUGGCCUCCAGUACCAGUGAACCAAUCGUGCUGGAGGACUGAGCAGCUUUCUGUUAAACUACACCCCUGCCAUCACACCUCGAACCCUGCCAUCCUGAGCUAUCAUCUUUUACCACCUACCAAAACCUGAUCUCGUGUGCCCAUGCACACAUCUACACAUACGCACACAAUUGUUCUUUUACGUGUGCUUUUUUCUUCCCUAAUCUAUUUUUCUAUCCAUCUAUCUACCUGUUCAUCUUUCUUCUCUUGUACCAUCACACACACACACACACACACAGAGACAGAGACACCCCCCUCCACCCCGACCCACACAGCAGGCUUUGGGCAUGGACUUUGGAGUGUUUUAUUCCAGUGUUAUGGUUUAUUUUCUUCUCUCCUUUCCUCCCUUCCUCUUUUUUUAAUGGCAAAUAUUUUUAACUGUAAUUUAAAUCAGAUAAUGCUCGACAUGAAAUUAUGAUGAUAAAGCACACUUUAUUUUUUUUCCAGGUCAAUCCUUAUUUGUGUAAAUAACAUUUUUCAGGAGUGAUAUCUUUAAUGCUGGGUGUAGAAUGCAGGGAGGGGAUCUGAAUUUUGUUUGUUUGUUUUUUUUUGCUAUAUCUCUAUCUUCAUCUUUCUCUUUUGUUAAAAAAAAAAUCUUAAUUCAAUAUGUAGUGCUCCUGUUCACACUAUAGUCCAUUUCAGGCUUGGAGACCUGUAGUAUGAUCACCACCUACCACACCCCCACCCAGUUUGAGUGGUGGUGUUUAGCAUCCCAGUCUGCUAAAGCUUAGUUCAGUUCAAUCAGACCACAAGGCUCAGGACAGCAGAUGCGUCUCCUCUACUCCAGAUACCGUGGAUCAAUGGCUUUUUAUGGUCCCAUAGUUUUGUUGUUUUAUUUUUUUUCUUUCCUCUUUUAUUGUUCAACAGUAUGUCAUGGUUGUUUUUUUGUUUUUGUUUUUUUGUUUUUGUGACAAGAAAAAUAAUUUAGAUUCACCAAGAAAUGCCACCACUGGUUUGCUCUGAUGUUUGGGGACUUUUGAUAUUGUGGGUCCAGUUUUAAAAGUGUAUUCUCAGUGCAAAGGGUGAAAAUGUUGAUGGCUCCUAAAAUAUGUUCCCUGUUCAGAUCGACUGGGGGUGGGGGGGGAGUAAGGAAGGGAAGGUAUAGGUCAUUGAAACCCUGUGGCUUCUUAGAGUAGAAGAUUUUUGAAGUUUUUCUUACCAGUAAAUGGUUGGUCUUCAUAAUCGAUUCAGCCUCUGCCUCUUUUUUCCCCCUGCACUUUUUGUAUAAAAUUAUUAAUAAAGCCAUACAAAUUUAGGGUUUCCCGUUUUGAUUCCUCCUAUGUGUAUGCUAUGAGUCAUAACUUUCAUGUACUUCAAUAAUUCAGUGGCUGAAUUUCAAAAUGGAGCCACCUGUAAGGUAAUGGUAGUGACUAGAUAAUUUAACAGUAGUUCUCAAUUGAGUGGAAGCAAAAACAGAUGGAUUUUCUAGUAAUGGCUCCGGUAGGCUGUAGACCAAUUUGAUAUCUAACUAUAUCUUCGUUAGUUUCAUUUGUGCUUUGUUUUUGAAACAGUGGAUGACUUGUAGACUCAAUCUGACAGUUAAUUUUGGCACCAUGAAAUGUCAACCAGCGAAUGAGUUCCAUAUAAUAUUCCAGUGGACGUUGUUUUCCCAAGUGUUUGGGGUUUUGUAUGGUUUAUUAAAACGAAAGUGCUUUGCACACUAAAGACUGAAAAACAAACCUGACCUCCCCCCUCCCCUCCAGAAGUGUCACCGGUUUUGUGUGCAAGUGGUAGCUUGUGCCUGCGUCUCCUAUUUUCAGGUUUCAAACGCCACAUUUACGUUUCUCUCCAUCAGAGGCUGGGAAAGAUGGAGGGAAGGUUGACAAGGGUAGCUUCAAAGCUCGAAGCUUCACAUUUUGUACGUCAGUAACUCUUCUCAACUGUUCUUAAGUCUAUGUAUUCUUUCAUGCAUCUUGCUUAAAAAAAUAAAGAUUUUUUUUUU